CCCUUUCUCCUCCCCGCACGUUCCCGCAUGCUGCUGCUCUGCCGGCCCCUCCAUCGCAUCCGUGCUGCUGGCCGCCCGCCCUCCCGCUGCCUCAUGAACCUCAAGGAGCUCGUUCCCGCCCUCAAUGACUUCGCUUCCCUCUCCCUGGCUGAGAGCUGGGACAACGUGGGGCUGCUGGUGGAACCCAGCCCUCCCCACGCUGUGCGCACCCUGCUACUCACCAACGACCUCACCGAGCCGGUGAUGGAGGAGGCGGUGCAGAAGAACGCGGACCUCAUUCUCUCCUAUCACCCUCCCAUCUUCGCUCCGCUCAAGCGGGUAACGUGGAGGACCUGGAAGGAGCGGCUGGUGGUCCGGGCUCUGGAGCACAGGAUCGGGAUCUACUCCCCGCACACAGCGUACGAUGCCGUGCCCCACGGAGUCAACAACUGGCUGUCCAAGGGACUGGGCGCCUGUACUUCUGUUCCACUGCACCCAUCAACUGCUCCAAGCCAUCCGACUGAGGGCACUCACCGGGUAGAAUUCUGUGCAGACACGACAGAACGUCUAGAGACAGUGCUGUCCAAAAUCAAAGACAUCCCAGAGGUCUUCUGUCUCACCACUCUGCCUGUCAGGGUUGACGGGGAGGAGCAAACACGAGUCAGUCUGAACUGCUCUCAGAAAGCACUGCUGGAGGUAGUGGCAUUAUUGUCCCAGGACAGCCUUCUUUAUCAAAGGACUGAGAUUCUCCUACUACAGAAGCCUCUUCUUCCACAUACUGGAAUGGGACGUCUGUGCACACUGAGCGAGCCAGCCUCCUUGUCAGACAUAACUGAGCGCAUCAAAAGCCACCUAAAAUUACCCCACGUCCGCCUCGCCGUGGGAACAGGCAAGACACUCGAUUCUCCAGUGAAGAAAGCUGCUCUGUGUGCUGGUUCUGGGAGCAGUGUCCUGAAGGGAGUGGAAGCUGACCUCUAUCUCACAGGAGAGAUGUCCCACCAUGAUGUUCUGGAUGCAGUUGCCAAUGGUAUAAGUGUUAUUCUGUGUGAACACAGUAACACCGAGCGAGGCUUCUUGUCAGAGCUACGUGACACGCUAACUAUCCACCUCCAGAACAAGAUCAACAUCAUUCUGUCUGAGAAAGACAGAGAUCCCCUCCAGGUGGUCUAAGAGGGAAGAGGAAAAAUAAAAAAUGAAGUGAGAGAAUACAGACGAGAGUUUAGUAGUAUCUUGCACAGACCUAUCCAAAUGCAAGCUGAAUGAAGAUGCUCUGAAUGGAUCAGUAUAGCAUUGUAUUCUGUGUUCACCCAAUGCUUGGGAUAUAAAUUGUCAUCUAUCAAAUACGUAAUAAAUGCUUGUUUCCCACUUGAA